AUGGCGCGAUACCUCACACCCGCAAAGAUCGGCCUUCUCAGCCUCAUUGAGCUCUACACAGACGAACAUGUACCUACUGCGGCCAUCAUUCCUGUUCUCUCCUUCAUCACAUCUCAUCUCCUCGACCCAGACCCGCUGAGUCUUACCACAACCGCCAGGAAGGACACUCGCUGGAAGAAGGCCGAGAGUACGGUCAGCCUCGUCAUCGGUAUCAAGGACUUUGAGAAGCUGCUCAGUGCCCAUUCCGUUGUCAUCGGACUUCCCGGGAGGAAGCUUUGGGACACGUUUCUGACAAAGCUGUGGGGAGUCAACUCGCUCGACCUUCUCCAUGAGUUCUUCGAGAGGCAGUCAAAGUGCCUGGCCAAGACGAAGGGGGAGCUGCGACGGGCUGAGAUCGAAGGCGACGCGGCAGCGCAGCAGCAACCACAGGCAGGUAUUACACUGUCAAGGAACUCUCCUCUGGGGCAGUUUGUUCGGAGGUGCCAGUUGGAGUUCUCAAAGCUGCGGUUCCAUGAUGCAACGCAACUUUGGACGGAUUUUGUCCAAUAUCGCCAGCCCACCGCGGGGUAUCUACGGAAGAGGAACCCGUCUUUCGGCCGGCUUAGCUUCGACAAUGUGCUCAUGACGGGAGAGCAAGCGGAUUGGGACUUGGAAGGUGUUUCUGCGCUGACGUCUGUUGUAUACGGCGAUAUGGUCUCGAGUGGUACCCCGUCCGCUGUGCCAGUGAGCACAGAUGAUAUUGAACUCUUGCUCGAGUUCCAGAUCGAGCAGAUGCAGAAAUAUGGCAACCGGAUACCAUUAGAGCUCCGAAAUCAGUUCCAUGACCUCCUUGGCGACAGCUAUCUCGUGCCUAGCUUGAGGCAUUAUCUGAGCUUUCUAGACGCUUGGAGAUCUGGUGAUUACCCAACGGCCUUCGAUUUCCUUCACCAGUAUUUCGACUAUACGAUGCAAAACCGAGACAAGUUAUUUUACCAAUACGCACUGAUGAACUUGGCUGUUUUGCAAGCAGACUUUGGUUGCUACAGAGAGGCUGUGGCAGCAAUGCUCGAGACGGUGUCUACGGCUCGCGAAAAUCGUGACAUGACCUGCUUGAACUUCGCACUCAGCUGGCUGUUCCAUUUCGGCAGGGCACAUCCAGACCUGGUUAGAGACCUUGAGGCAGACAGUCUUCUGGGCACAGCAAAGGAGAGCCUUGCAUACCUCCGAGUCAAGGCUAAAGAGACGGGCAUGUGGACGUUGUGGGCAUCUGUCUUGCUCAGUGAGGCGAAGCUUGGCCUCGCAAAUGGAGAGAGUGUGGCAACAGCAGCCGAGCUUAUCGUUCGCAGCUCGCAUCUGAUUGUCGAGCGAAACAUGAAAAACAUGUUUGGCGCACAGCUCUCGAUUCUCAUUGCGCUAUGGGAGAGGCUAGGCCUUUCACAACUUUCUGCCAUGGAUUGCGAGAUUUUUCUUCGAUGCCAUGCAAGACACUCCACCUUUGACGAUGAGUUGAAGGUCACAUCACGCCUGGCGCAACAACUUGCAGCAAAGGGAAAGUUCGACGAGGCACUGCAAAAAUUGGAAUCUCUAGACGAAAACUCCUUACGGUCUUGGAAGCCAAGCCAGUACUGGUUCAAGUACCGAGGAAUCAUCAAACUCAGAAGAGAUCUCCACCAUAAUAACCUAGACGGUGCAGAGCAGUUGCUUUCUCAGCUUCUACAAUCCAAAAAGGACGAUCUCGAGCCAGAUAUGGCCUUUGUCGUUGACUUCCUUCACAUUGACUGUCUCAUUCGACGAGGCAAUCUGCAGGAUGCGUUCAACAAGGUCGAAGACAUGCUGGCAUCGCUCCGGGACGAUAAGAGAGACAUCUCGCUGCGGGUGAGGUUGAUGCUGAUCAAGGUCCAUCUUUAUGACAAGUGCGGUCGGCCACAGCGAGGGUUCACCAUAGCUAUGCGAGCAGCUAGUAUGGCUUGGAGGGCAAGGUUGGUCUCUUGUCUGUGGCAGGCUAUCGGCGCCAUCGCCAAUAUUCUGACGUCUUUGGGAGAGUUUGAGGCGUCCGCGCAGCUGCUCACUGCAAUCCUCCCACGCAGCCUCGAAUGCGAAUCAUCGGCUUUGAGUGGCCAGCUAUACUCCUUCCUAGCAGACGCCAACAUGGGCAUGGCCGGGAAGGCGGCGCCGCAGUCAGCGAAGCGAAGAGAGUAUCUGACACGCGCCACUGGUGCUAUUCAGAAAGCUUUUGAUCAUUACUCCAGUAUCCAAGAUACCACGCGGCAGUGUGAGAUGAUGGCCAAGAAGGCUACGAUUAUGAAGGUAGCUGGGGACAAGGUUUUGGCGGCGGAUUAUGCGGCCGCUUAUGUAGCUUUACGAAAGAGCGCAGCUGCGCUUUCGGUAUGA